AUGACGGAACUCCAAGAAGUACAGAUUACGGAAGAGAAGCCACUUCUCCGGGCCCCGGGAGGACCUGAUCCUGGCAAGGAUGCUGAACUGAUAACAGCCAAACUGCUGCAGGCGCACGGCCAGAAACAUCAAGUGGAAACACCCUAUGGGAUUGUCACAAUCACCAUCCACGGGACACCCAAGCCCAAACGCCCCGCCAUUCUCACCUACCAUGACGUCGGACAAAACCAUCAUUCGUGCUUCGACACCCUCAUCCACUUUGAGGACAUGCAAGAGAUCAUAAAGAACUUCGUGGUGAUCCACGUGGACGCGCCGGGCAUGGAGGAGGGUGCCCCGGCCUUUCCUCUGGGGUAUCAGUAUCCUUCCCUGGACCAGCUCGCUGACAUGAUCCCCUGCAUCUUGCAAUAUGUGAACUUCACCAGCAUUAUUGGAAUCGGAGUGGGGGCUGGCGCCUAUGUACUGGCGCGUUACAGCCUUUCUCAUCCUAACACCGUGGAGGGUUUGGUCCUGAUCAACAUUGACCCAAAUGCCAAGGGCUGGAUGGACUGGGCGGCUCACAAGCUGACCGGCCUCACAUCUUCCAUCUCAGAGAUGAUUAUGGGACAUCUCUUCAGUACAGAGGAACUUUCCAAGAACACUGAGAUGGUGCAACAACAGCGGGAAAUCCUGAGUCAUGCAACCAACCUGCCUAAUAUUCAGCUCUACUGGAGCAGCUACAACAGCCGCAGAGAUCUGAGCUUGGAGCGUGGAGGAGACAUCUCCUUCAAGUGUCCUGUGAUGCUGGUGGUGGGAGACCAGGCCCCUCAUGAAGAUGCCGUGGUGGAGUGUAAUUCCAAGCUGGAUCCGACCCAGACCUCUUUCCUCAAGAUGGCAGAUUCGGGAGGACAACCACAGCUGACCCAGCCCGGGAAACUGACGGAGGCCUUCAAGUACUUUGUGCAAGGCAUGGGAUACAUCCCUCACGUACUGGACAAGAAACUGAGUCUGGGUGGCCUCGUCCUGCAUGACGCGCCUGUCCCGCUCACGCACCGCCUCUCUGUCCAGUGCCGCCUCGGGGGACGGGAACCGGUCCCGCUCGCGCACCCUGUCCCAGAGCAGCGAGGCAGGGGCGCCCCAGCCGCCGGCCCCCACCAUGGAGGUGUCCUGCUGAGCGCCGGGCCAGGGGAUGAGACUGCCUCCCGCCUCUGAACAGGACUUCUUCUGCUAUACCUACAAUGCACUCCGGCCACUGGGCCACGUGACGAUCUCCCCUAACGGUACUAAACAUCCAGGGAGGCCCAGAUGGAUUGCAAUGUACUCUCUCUCUCUUUUUUU